CCUUUCAGACUCAUGAUGGUCAUUAUGAAUUUUUAGUCAUGCCUUUCGGUUUAAUUAAUGCACCUUCUACAUUCCAAAGUUUGCUGAAUGAUAUCUUCAGAGCUAAGUGCAGCUUUGGGACAACUAAUGUGGAAUACCUUGGCCAUAUUGUAAGCCAAAACGGAGUAGCUACUGAUCCCUCAAAGGUGCUAGUUUCAAAGAGUAUCAAGGCAUUACGUGAUGUUCUGGGUCUCACGGAUGCAUUUAGAUGGUGUCUUGAAGCAAAAAAGAUAUUCCAGAAUUUAAAGGAGGUUAUGAUGACAACACUAGUUCUUGCACUACCUAAUAAGCAAUUUGUUAUUGAACCUGAUGCAUCCGAAGUUAGAAUCGGAGCAGUACUUAUGAAUUAUAUGAUACCAUUCAAGAAAAUGUUCCAGAGUUUAUUGCUAAACAACCUUGAGGACAAGGUUGUUUUGAAGGGCGGUGGAAUGAUAAGAUCCUUUAAUGGAUCUUUUCAAAUAAAUCCAUUAACUUUAUUUCCUUUUUAAAAUAAGUUUUAGACUUUUUCUUUUUUAUUUUAGAUAAGUUUUAAUCUGACAUUUUCUCAUGAAAAUAUAUUUUUAUUUUAUUUUUCUUUUACACCUUUUCUUUUGAAAAGGUAAUUUUAUUUUAUUUUUCUUUUAGACCUUUUCUUUUUGAAAAGGUAGUUUAGGUCUCUAUUUAAAGAGAUGUUAUGUA